AUGAAUCAAUUAGAUGGUCGAAAAUUAAAAAUCUCGGUGGUAACACCAAGUCAUAAUCGAUUAGAAUAUUUAAAAGAAGCUGUUAUGUCCGUUUCAGUUAGUUGUCUUGCACCACUUGAUAUUGAAUUUGAACAUAUUAUUCAUGAUUGUGGUUCAACUGAUGGAACAAAAGAUUAUUUUAUUGCAAAUUUACCACCUCAACGUAUUUUUUACAUUAAAGAUCAAGGUGAUAAUAAAGAAGCAACAAAAGAUCGACAAUGGAUUCAAGCAACUGAAGAUUUACGUAAAGAUGGUAAAGGUGAAUUAGCUGAUCAUGUAACAUUCAUUCGAUCAGAACAUAAAGUUCCACCAAGUCAAGCACGAAAUAUUUGUAUACAAAAAAGUACUGGACAAUUUAUUUGUGUUUUAGAUGAUGAUGAUAUAUUUCUUCAACGUACAAUUCAUAAUUUUGCUCAUGCUAUUCUACUCAAUCCAACAAAGAAAUUUUAUGUUUCGGAUUUUCUUCGUGUUAAUGAACAUCUUCAAUAUAUGCCAAAAGAAGAUUAUUAUGGAUGGGUCUAUUCAUCACCACAUGAAAUGCUUCAAGCUAUUUUUGAUAGUUGCCAUUUUAUUCAAGGUAACGUUUGUUUCAGUAAAAAACUUUAUGAUGAAGUCGGUGGUUAUGAUGAAAAAGUUGGUAUGGCAGAAGAUCUUGAUCUUUAUGUAAGAUUUCUUAUACAUGGACAUUUAAAUGUUUAUUUACCAAUGAUUUCACAUUUACAUCGUAUGCAUACUGCAAAUUUUUCAAUUGGAUGUGAUCGAGAUAAACAUCAUAAGGAUUUAACUGAUAUUUAUGGACGUAAUAAAGAUAGAUUAACAAGUAUGGGUGUUAAAUUAACAUUAAGUAAUUAA